AUGCCCCGGCGUAAAGCUGCCAAUCCCAUUAGAACCUCAAGGCGGAAUGUGACCGGGGACGGCAUCGGAGGCAGACCUCCUGCCCCCGCCCCUGGCCCUCCCGCCGACGGCGGUCUCUCGCCCAGUAGCGGUGUUGGUGAUGGCGGCGGCGCGGUGCUGCCGAAUUCUUCAGCCACGGUGGUGGCCGGGGGGUUAGAAGGGGUGGGGGCGGGGGAGCUAGGAGGGGUGGGGGAGGGAACGGUCAUGGAAGACGAGGACGACGAGGAGGAGGAGGACCGGGUCAACCCCAGCUCUUCAGGCAGGAAACGGCAGAAAAUAGAGCACCGAGAAGGAUCUGCCCUCGUGGUUGGCGACGUCAUUGGUUCGCGGCACCUAGCUCUCUACCCGCCGGGGUCUCUCCGAGCACUUCGAGGUCUCCGCAUUGUGGUUCCGCCGCCCCCGGGCAGAGCGAGUCUCGUAAGAAACGCUUGCGUCGGCCGUUUCGCCGUCGGCGACGAAGACGAGGACUUCGCCACCGAGGAGAGGGGGUCAUCUCAAAGAGUCUCCACGGGGGUCAUCGUCGAGUUCUGUGAGGACUGGGGGGUCGUCGGAGAUCCUGGGGGGCGAGCGGUGCGAUCGGGGAUGAUGCUGCGCGUAACGCCGGAGAUUUUCGGCGCCUUCGAGGAUCUUGACCGCGACGGGUAUGUUGCCAUCACGGCCGCGAGGCCCGUCGCAGACAACACGCCUCCGCCAGGGUCGCCUCCAUCUGCGGCGGAGAUCCUACACGCCCUGGAUGCGGCCAGAGGCACCGACCCAGACCUUCGUAGUGCAAUAGAACGAGGCCCUCCGACCCCGCUCAUGGAGCUCCGAGAGCUGGUGGUCAACCUGAGACACCACCAGAAGGCCGCCAUCCAUUGGAUGCUCGGUGUUGAGAAGGGAGCGACGACAACUAUGAACAAGCCUCCGAGCCAGGCUAGCGCCGAAGGCGUGGGUGUUGAAGACGAGGGCGAGGGAGAGGGAAAAGGUAGAGAGGAGGAGCAGGAGGAGCAGGAGGUAGGGCUGCUCGAGGCGGGUGGUAACGCGGACCGCCGCGCGGCGUCGGUGGCAUCCGAGCAAAACGCUGUUCUCCUCGGAUGGGUCAGACUGGCGCUCAUCCCGCCCCCCUCCCUCCCCGCCGCCGCCCUUAUGGCCAAUGGUGCAGACAAUUUCGGGCAAGAAGGAGGCAAGAACCGCCACCGAAUACCGAGAACAAGUGACGACGACCGAGGUGGUGCUGUUUUAGCAACGCUUACGGGAGACGAAGACGGACGCCGAGGAAGGACGGCGACGAAGCGGGAGACGCGCGUUGUUCGCGCGGGCCCUGACCAGGAAAUGGGACUGGGGAAGACGGUGGAAAUGCUGGGAUGCAUCCUGGGAAAUCCAUUCCGUUCGCCUGUGAUCCACGGAACGCGGUUGCCUCCCGUUGGUUCCACCACCUCGGCGGUCACGAAAGACCAACGGGACAAGAUCCAUGAUUCGCCGGCGCCACUCAAGAGCAAAAACGGCUACUGGGACGACCUUACCCCCACCGACGAAGGGUCAGCGUGCGUGUGCGGGAGGGGGGACGACGAGCCGCUGGCCCCGGGGGACCUGUGUUUCGUCCAGUGUGACGCCUGCGGGUGGUGGUUGCACGGGGGAUGCUGCGGCUUCGUCCCCGGGGUGGACGGAGAGGAAGAGAAGGGUUUCACGUGCGUUGUGUGCUCCUGUCUUGCCCUGCUCAAGGACCCAAAGCGCUGCGGGUCUACCCUGAUCAUCUGCCCCCACAAGAUUAGGUCCCAGUGGGAGCGUGAGAUCCGAGCAAGGACGAAGGCUGGGGCGCUCAAGGUCGCCGUGUACAACGGGGUCCGAGAGAUCCUGUCCAUGGGGGAGAAGGCAAAGCGCGCCUCUUCGAAGCGCCGCAAAAACAAACGACGACGCAGCAGCAACAGCACCACCACCACUGGAACCGACAGCCGCAACAGCGACCACGAUGCCACAAACACCAGCGCCGCCAACAACACCGUCAGCGGAAAGAGGCGAGACACUAGUACCACCCCUGCCGCCGGAGCUGACCAAGGUUCCCGAACCAAUCGAGACCAGCCCCAGGACACGCUUCCCCGAGACGACCUAGACCAACAGCCAGUGCCGGGAGACGACCAAACGCCUCCCGCCGAGGGAGAUGGAACUCCCUCGGACACUGGGACCGGUCGAGCUUCGCCGGAGACGACGGGGCAUCCCGUUGCACAGGCCGCCGCCAGCGGGACGGGGCAGGAGGCAACGGCCGCGUCUAGUGCCACUGACGUUAGUGGUGGUGGUAGCGAUACCGACAGCAGCAGCGGCGACCCGUUCGCGCUGCUCUCUCCGAAGAAUUUGGCGUCGUACGACGUGGUCUUGACGACCUUUGAGGUGCUCCGAGCCGAGGUUCACCACGCCGAGAGCAAGUUCGCGGGGGCGCUCGGGGACGGCGGUUCGGCGGUGGCGGUGGGCCGUCCGAGUCUCCGCCGAAAGAAAAGGUACCGGGUUAUUCCGUCCCCUCUCCCGGCCCUCAAGUGGUGGAGGGUGGUCGUGGACGAGGCCCACAUGGUGGAAAGCACCACCCAGGAGACGGCGAAGAUGGCGCUCAAGAUACCCACUACACACAGGUGGUGCGUCACGGGGACCCCGAUCGGGAAGGGCAGUAUCGACGACCUGUACGGCCUUCUCGUCUUCCUCAAGGCGUCACCUCUCGACGACAAGGCGGUGUGGACGAAGGCCAUCCGGGAGCCGAUCGAUCGCCGACUCCCGGGCGCCAUGGAGCGCCUAGUCUCCGCGCUCAAGCCAGUGAUGUGGAGGGUCACCAAGGCAUCUGUUGCAGCCCAGAUCAACAUCCCCCCACAGACCUGCGUCGACCGGCGCCUGUCCUUCUCGAGCGUGGAGGAGCACUUCUACCGGAAGCAGCACCGGGCAGCGGCCGCCGACGCCCAAAAAACGGCCAGAGAAGGCGGUAGCGGAACGGAGGAGAAGAUGUUCAACUCCCUCUUGGCACUCAGGCAGGCGUGCUGCCACCCUUGCAUCGGCAGCGGGGGAAUCGAGACCUCCGGCGGGGGUUCGAGGCUAGGAGGCGGUAGUGCCGAGGGGCGAUGGCUGAGCAUGGAUCAGAUCCUCGACAGGUUGAUCGAUGCGGAGCGAUUAAAGGCGGAGGAGGCCCAACGCAAGGCUAUCCUGAACCUCAACGCCUCGGGGGCUGUGGCUCGCCUCAUCCUGCAGGCCAAGGAACGGAGAAGUGAUGCCGCGCGCACGGCAGAUGCGGCGGCGGGCGAGGGGGAGGGUGGCGGCGAGACGGCCGAGACUCUCCUGCGGGAUUCGGUUUCGAGCUACCAAAGAGCGCUGCAGAUGGCGGAAGACAACAGGACACCGGGACCCGUCACCGGAGGGGCGGAGGUCACCGGGUCAACAACGAUGCUCCCACCGAGCACAAAAAAACGCCUCAAACAACAUCCCGCCGGUGCCCAGCCAUCUUCCAAGCCCGCCGCCGAUCCCAACCCUACCGCGGCAGCUUCCCGGCACGGUACGACCGCUGCUACCGUUGCUUUCGUGGAACUGCGGAAACCUUUGACGCUCUCCUGGGAGGUGGAGCUUGGUCCGAUUGUCGGUGUCGCUAGCGCGGAGGCAGGCGGCGAGACCGCUGUUGCCGUUGCGGAGCGGGAGACGACGCCGGCGACGCCGCAAGGGGCAGAGGCAGUCGGCGGCGAAGCUGUCGCGGCGAGGAAAGGCGCGGUGGAAGAAGACGAAGAAGGAGGAGGUCCGAAGGACACCGAGACGACGGCGAUGGGUGAGAGGGGAGGGGAACGAGGGGGGUUAGGGGAGAGCGAAGCCGGAGGAGCAUCCUCGAGCGGAAGACGGGGAACGAUGGCGGCGGCGGUGGUAGGCGGAGGGUCGUCCGAAUGCCGCAGGGUUCGAGACCCAACCUGGGCGCGAUUGGUCUUCGCAGACCGUAAACGCAUCCUCCGGAUCCGGGUGCGUCCUUGUUAUCCGGACCAGUUCGCAUGGCACGGUGAUGAUUCGACGGCGGCGGCAUCACCCGCUGGCGCCACCGAUAGAGCUUCCCCGGGAGAAAACGGAGGUGACCCUGCGCCUAACAAGGGGCGUCAGAGCACACGGCGGGAAGAUAACGCUGCUGAUAUCGGUAUGGCUGUCUCCGGUCGACAGGACCAAGGGGGUGCUGCUACCGUGCUCCAAGUCCCCAACGGUGCUUCGAAUGGAGUUUUUGCCACAAAUGGAUACAGUGGAGUUGCGGCGGAGGCAGCGGAAGGGGUGAUGGCGAAACCAGGGGGGGUCUCUGAGGGCGAAGGAGGAGAACGCCGGCGACAGGGGACGCUGGUGUGGCAUCCCCGGGUUUGCGCUCUGCAGGCCUCGUCGCAGGCCGGGGUGUUCGAGGAUGUCGUCCGCUUUUCGAUGGACGCCCCGUCGGCGUCGUCGGUUGUGCCCGGCAGUGGUACAGCUGCAGGGCCAACGGAUACUGGGGAUGAUAAAACAUCUGCAGCGGCAGCUGCCACCUCGAACAUAGCAGUAGCACAAGGAGAUGGCAAGAUCGAAGACGACGAUAGCGACAGCCGCGGCGGAAAGUGGCAAGAGGUAGUGGUACCGUCGAACCGCAGCGUAAGGGGAAGGGAGUGGCGAAUCGUGGUGGAGACUUCCUGGUGCCACGAAGGGGCGCCGCGGGCGUCAGGUGACGGCUGGAGGGGGGGCGUCGGUGGUAGAGGCGUCGUUCAAGUGGCGAUGGAGGUGGAGCUACGGGAGGCGGAGGUGGACGCCGACAGCCUCCAGAUUCUUCACGCUGCGCACAAUCUCCUGGAGGUGCUUGACACCGUCAAGGAACGAGAGCUUCUCCUUCCGGCGGGACAAGCUCCGCCGGCUCGGACGUCGGAACUGCGGCAGCUGGUCGGCCGUAUCAAGGGCGGCUACGUGGCCACAGCCGUUGGGAUCCACCGUUCGUCGAGGCUGCAGCUGCAGGAGUCGGGCCGGGCGUCGGCAGAAGCGCUGCGGGCAGCGGCGAAGAAGAGAAUCGGCGGGGUGGAAUGGUGGGAGGUCGCCCUUGGGUACAUGGAGAGUACGCGGGACGAGGGGAACUUCGUCCAGAGGGCCCAGCUGGAGUUGCUGCACGAGAAGGCAGGGCAGCACGCGGUAAUGGUGAGGAGAAGCUUCCCGAACUUCACCUCAAUCGGCGGCCUCAGGACGGCAUUGUCCAUCAAGAUCAAGGAAGCUCAAACCAAGCGAAAGGACGUCCUGCGGAAGCUGGACUCCCUCACGACGGACCCGGGACCUAUGGAGGUCCACUCCAACAGCAACUGCCGCCGCUGCCGAGCCGACUGGGGCAAGACAGGACCGAUCUGCGGGCACUGCAAAGUGGAGGAGCACAUCGACGCUUGGGAAGCGUGCGUCGUGUACUUCAGGAGACCGCUAAAGAACACCGCCGACGCGGGGGGGUCCGCAGCUGGUUCCCCCUUCCUGUCAAGGUUCGGGCCCGGGGGGGAGGGGACCAACAACGCGGGACCAGGCGUCAACAACGCCCACCAGGGCCACACGUUCAAGGAGCCGUCCGCCACUCCGAGGUUGCUUCGCCUCAUCCAGAGGUGGAUAAAGGAGCAGGCGCGAGGAGGAGGAGGAGGAGGAGGAGGAGGGCAGACCGUUGGUGGCUCUGGGUCUGGUGCCGCGGGCCGUCGGCAGGGACAGGUCCAAGAUUGGGCCGCGCUCGGUGCAGAGAGCAAGGACUUCCUAGCCUCCUGGGAGGCGUCGGAGAGGGAGCUGCUGGCUUCGCGGGCUCUGUGGAGGGCGCACCUCGAUCUUUUGUCCAACAUCGACGAGCUGGGGUCGUGUGUGACGCCACUCAGGCUAGCCGACAGCGACGAAGAGGCACGGCUCGGCCUUCUCACCGAAGAGCAGCGAAGGAUGGUGCUCUCGGAGGGCCUGUUGGGCAUCAGACGCAGAGAGUACGAGCUGGAAAGGCAAGCCGCUGCUCACGAACUCGAUAGCAGCAGGGGGCAGCUGGCCUACCUGUCGACGCUUGUCGAGGAGGGGUCUGGUGCUCUUUCUGGGGCGACGCGGGAGUGCACGGUAUGCCAGGAGGACCUGGUGGAGGAAGUCGGAUGCCUACCUUGUGGGCAUACUUUCCAUCCAGAGUGCAUCGGGUUCCUCCGCAAGGUCGGCAGCGGUGGCGCGGGCAGGUUCAGGUGUCCGACCUGCCGCCGAUCUUCUUCUGUGGCCGACGUACGGUUCGCGUCUACCCUCGACCAAUCAGAUGGCAGCGCGUUUGGGUUGCCCGUAAAGGGUAGCUGGGGCACGAAGAUCACGGCCUUGGUCGGCGAUAUUCUCGCCCUUGGACCGUCCGACAAGUGCCUGGUUUUCUCUCAGUGGGACGACAUGCUCGACAUCGUGGAGCUAGCUUUCAAGGAGAACGGAGUCAGCUACGCUCGGAUGAAGGGCAAGAACAGAUCAGAGCUUGCCCUGGAGGCGUUUCGGGCAGAGGGUGGCCCAAGGGCGCUGAUGCUCCCCAUCAAGACGGGCUCACACGGCCUCAAUCUGGUCGAGGCGAACCAUGUCUUCCUGCUGGAGCCCCUCCUCAACGCGGCCGUGGAAGCCCAGGCGGUGAACCGAGUGCACCGGGGGGGACAGACGAGGCCGACGACCAUACACCGAUUCAUCGUCCGAGGAACGAUUGAGGAGGACAUCGAGAGGUUGCGCAAAAAAAAGACGUCGCUCGCGAGGCUCGCCACCUCCCCCCAAUCACCGACACGCAAUCCGCGCGGCAAGGGCAAGGGCAAGGGCAAAGGGAAGAGUGACCCCUCCUCUCCCGGGCGCCCGGGCACCGCCGCCGCCGCCGCAGUCGCCGUGGCCAGAAGAAGUCUUGCAGGUGACAUGGCAGUGUCGGAGGGUAGGGGAGUCGAGGCCGGGGUUGGAGGUGCUGGCACAGCAACCGGCAGUCCAGGGUUCGAAGAAGAGAACCGGCGGGGGGCAGCGGGGGCCCGCGAGUGCUCGACCGGGAGGCUUGCAGCCGGGGGAGAGCAACCGCAGAUCGGCGGUGCCGGUGGUCAAUCCGGAGGACGAGAAGAAGACAAAAGUAUUGCGCGGGAGGAGGAGGAGGAGGAGGUGGAAGAGGAGGAGGAGGAAGACGAGGGGGGGGAGGAGGUGGUAGAACAAGAGGAAGAGGUUUCGAUUGUCGGGGGCGUUGCGGCGACUUCGGAGAGGAGAGCGCUUUCUCUGGACGACCUCAAGGCCUUGUUCGAGUAG